CGACACAGCUAACGUUAGCCGCUAAAGCUAAAUUCCACCUUAAAUUAAUCAGAGCAGCAACAGGAAGAGUGACCCGCAGCGGAAAGUACCGAGCUCCCAUGACGGAAACAACAACUGUGCUGCUAACAAGAAAACUAAAGAGAGGAUCCCAUUAUCUCCACCAAAGGAGGAUCUCAUUUUUCUUAGUAGGCUUUCAAUAUUUAAUAAUGGAGGCCUAAUCACCUACAAAAGGGGUGUCCAAGAUGGGGGGAGGGGUUUGAGAUCACGCGUCCCUUGGUCUGUGUGAAUGUGAGUGCUUGAGACAUUGAUUUACUUUAUCAUUUAGUUUAUAAUGUUUUUAUAUAUAAUCACACGCAUGUUUAGGUUGAGCUGGUCAGUUUAUGUCUUAGACUUGUCUCUGAUAAAUGUACAGGAUAAUAACGCCUACAUGGAACCUGGGUGAUCCUGCGAAGAUGCUUUUUAAGAUAGUUCAUCUUUUUUUGACUGCUCAGGAUGUUUUGUUCGACUAACGCCUGUAAUUAAAACAUAAAGAAGUUUCACCAGUUAAAUGUUUAUUGGUGGUAUUCUCCAAGCAGUGAGGGAAAUGUAGGUCCAAGUUCCAGAUCCUAGUAUGCAGGGAACAGGAUGUUUGAGGGACAUACAUAUGCUGUGUGAUGAGUUUUCAUUCUUCGGUAAAAGAGUUCUUAAGUUUCACACUUGCAUACACUUUCGGCUUAGCUUUCUUUUCUGAGUUGCACCUCCCACAUUAUACUUUCAUUUCUUGUGUGACUGAGUGUGCAUGUGAAAGAAAGACCUUGGGUUUUCUCAAACCUCUCUCCCUUAAAAGGACAUCACUUUUCCCUUAUAUAGCUGUACUUCAAUCUAAAAAUGGAAACUCUUGUUCAACUCAAAAACAACCCGUUUUUGAUGGGAUUGUGUCGUAACGGACCUCCAUCUGAUCUACAAUAUGAUAACUCCUCAGAGCUCUUUCGCAUCUCCACCUUUGCUCGUUUCCCGACCUCGGGAGUCACAGAGCGCAGCCUGGCGAGGGCAGGGUGGUUCUACACAGGGGUGGGCGACCGCGUGCAGUGUUUCAGGUGCAACGUGACGGCAGAGGGAUGGCAGGCCGGAGACUGUCCGACAGAGAAACACAGGCAGCUCUCUCCUUCCUGCUCCUUCAUCCAGAGCCUCCCGUCCACAGCCAACCUACUCUCCUCGUCUCACUCUGCCUUUUCCCCACUCCGCAUUGCCCCAGCCAUACCACUUUCUGGUCCAGGUCCAGCCGCUCCUAACCCAACAGUAAACCAGGGUGAAGAACCAGGUGGAUACCUAAAUAUGGGUUUCUCUGCUCCACCGCCCUCCAGCCCACUGACCUCUCGGGGUGUAGAGGACAUGUCCCACCAGAGACCAACAUGCCACAACCCAGGCAUGCGCAGAGAGCAGGACCGCCUGGACUCCUUCAACUCAUGGACACUCUCCAUCAUCACCCCCGCAGAGCUUGGGAAGGCGGGCUUCUACUAUUUAGGCCAGGGUGACAGAGUGGCAUGCUUCAGCUGCGGAGGACAGUUGAGUAACUGGGAGCCAGGUGACAGAGCUGUGUCCGAACACCAGAGACAUUAUCCCAACUGUCGUUUUGUCCGAGGAGACAGAGCGGACAAUGUGUCGCUGGCCGGAGCAGCGACUUCCCAGCAGUCUGCAGGAGGCCCAACUCUCAGUAACGUCUCCAAUCCAGCCAUGCAGCAGUGCGAAGAGAGGCGGCUCACCUUCGUCAACUGGCCAUCUCGUAUACCCGUCCGGCCAGACCAGCUGGCUAAGGCUGGCUUCUACUAUGUAGGUCGUAACGAUGACGUCAAGUGUUUCUGCUGCGAUGGAGGCCUUCGGUGCUGGGAAUCUGGAGAUGAUCCCUGGGUGGAGCAUGCUAAAUGGUUUCCUCGGUGUGAGUAUUUACUCCAGGAGAAGGGACAAGAAUUUGUUCACCAGAUCCAGGCUCGCUUCCCUCGGCUGUUCGAGCAGCUUUUAAACAAUGGAGACAGCAACUCCAGAGAAUUUGUUGAUCCACCUGUGGUCCACCUCGGUCCAGGAGAGGAGCGGUCUGAGGAUGCUGUCAUGAUGAACACCCCAGUGAUUAAGUCUGCAUUAGAGAUGGGCUUUGAGCGGAGUUUAGUCAAGCAAACAGUCCAGAGCAAGAUCCUGACCAGCGGAGAGAACUACAGAACGGUCCAGGAGCUGGUGUUGGACCUGCUGAGUGCCGAGGACCAGAAGAGGGAAGAGGAGCGCGAGAUGGUGGCUGAGGCGAUGGCAUCAGAUGGUUUCACGUUUGUGAAGAGACACCAGGCAGCUUUGAUCCAGCGUCUCAAGAGUGUCGAGCCAGUGUUGGAGCAUUUGAGAGACCAAAAUGUCUUAUCUGCCGAGGAGUACAGCAGCCUCCAGGCUCAGACUACGGCCCAGCAGCAAACUGCCAAGCUGAUCGAGCUCGUCCUCACCAAGGGCAACGCUGCGGCCGAAGUUUUCCGCAACUGGAUCCAGAAAAACGAUGUCCACCUGCUCAGGGAUCUCAUGGCCCAGUCAAAUGAAGCUGCGUCACCGAGCCAGGAUCUUUCAGACCUUCCCAUGGAGGAGCAGCUACGGCGCCUGCAGGAGGAGCGUACCUGCAAGGUGUGUAUGGACAAAGAGGUCAACAUCGUCUUCAUCCCGUGUGGACAUCUGGUGGUGUGCAAAGAGUGUGCACCGUCACUUAGAAAGUGCCCAAUCUGCAGAGGUCUGGUGAAAGGCACCGUCCGAACCUUCCUCUCAUAACCAGGAGGCUGAGCUGUGUUUCCUCAGUCUUGUUUCACAAUGAUGUGAUUGAAUGUAAAGCAAUACAAUAUACACGUUUUUACCUGGAAAGGUUUUGCUUUUUUUCUUCUCAUGUGACUUACCCAAUCCACCUUAAGAAAUAUUUACGACUUUUUACAUGUGUCAAUAAAUCAGUUUUUUAUUGA